AGCAGCAGAAUCCGCAGCUGCUGUUCUCCAUCCUGGACAGCUAAUCGCGGCAACCACACAGCCCCCUUCUCUACAACACCACAAACAACCUAUUACCCUCUUCUCCUGAUAUGCAGUGCAUUUGCCUAGUUGCUCUGAUCGGCCUGCCAGGAGCGGGCAAAUCCACGCUUUGCACCUGGCUGCUAGGCCAACAGGCUGCCCUCCUCCACUUUCGCCACAUUGUUCACCUGUGCUACGACGAUUUCCUGGACAUCCGACUGCCCUACAAGGAGCAGCGCGGGCUUAUCCUUAACCUACUAGAACAACUCAUAGCCGCUAUUCAAGCAGACACCAUUUGGCCGGCUCAAAUACAGCGCAUUGCCUUUAGCAGCAGUGGAAAACACAUUCUAAUCUUGUGCGACGACAACUUUUACUACCGCAGCAUGCGCCAACAGCUGCAGCAGCUGUGUCGCCGCAGUAAUGGCUGCAUCUACGGUCAGCUACACAUCGCCAGUUCGCUGGACGUCUGCCUGACGAAGAACUCCAAGAGAAGCGGCGGUUUCCGAGUGCCGGCGGCUGUGAUUAGGCAGAUGAACGAGCGACUGGAGGCCCCAGGCUGCGAGGCCUGGGAACGAAACAGUUUAACAAUCCACAACCUAAAUGAUAAGGAUGCUAUACUUGAUUUUAUUAAUUCACUACCUGCAAAGGAGUCAUCGCCAUCGUCUACAAACAGCAGGCAGCCUGCGCAGGAACAGACACUCAUCCACAAACUGGAUCUUCUCCUGCGAGCGCGUAUUAAAGAGCUGCUCAAUGAUGUGAAGGAGAAGCAACUGGCGGGCAGUAGAUUAAACAACAAGCGGAAGGAGAUAUUAACAAGGUGGCGGGGUGAACAGAGAAACGGACAGGCUGAGAAUGAGGCUGCCUUGGAUUACUAUGUAAAUUUGUUAAACUAGCCUAUAAGAUAAGCUAAAUUCGUUUGUACUAAA